UGCUGCAGGUUGAAUCCUCUUCAUUCUCCCUCAAACUGCUCGUGUUCCUCCUUCUCUCCUCGCCCUCCGGUGUGUGUGGAGCUCUUCAAGCGGCGGAUUACCUUAAUCUAAACGGUUAGCAACACCAGAGCUUUUGAAAUCUUCCAAAUUCACAAUGAUGUUUGACGUUUUGAGGCCUGGAAAACAAUCAAAAACAUGCACAUUUAUUAUCCUCCUAAGACGUAUUAAUAAGUGGAGCAGAGUUUUCACAACUGCUGUCCUGGAUGACUAAUUUAAAACUCCAGUUGAGGGACGUCUUAAACUCAAAGCUAUAAUGUGUGAUCCAGGAGAGCCUGUCAGAGAUGGAGAGUUGAAGAAUAACAACGUGCAGGGUGAGAAGCUGGGUGCUGGUGAUGCAAACGCAAACGACAUUCAGAUGGAAGACGGCGGGAGAACCGGAGAUGUCGGCUCUCUGUCUGGGUUGAUGACCGAGACAGCUGAGGAAGAUAAAGUUAUCAUUUGGGGCACCGACUCUCAGUGUGAUGACCCCGAGCUGGCUGAGUUCGAGAUGCUGGAGUGUCAGGAGCUGGAGGCUUAUCUGGUCGAGGAAGGCGAGGACUUUGUUGGGCUCGCGGAGCGGAAAACAGUUCAGGAGCAGCGCUCGUUGUGCAGUAAAGCAGAGCAGGUAGAUGACUCAAGCAGAGGGGGGACAAAGUCCAUUCAGCAUGUUGGUGGUGAGCAACAAUCGACUGCAUCUCCCAUCUCUGAGAGCAGAGAGGCGUCCAGGACUGAGCUGAGUUCUGAAACGGAUGUCUUCGUAACCUGUCUGUCCACCGUUUCGAGCAUCGCCACCUCGACUCCCGUGACGGACUCCUGGCACGUCGUCUCAGCCGUCUCAGAGGACCUGACUCUGGCUUCCCAAAUCUGCAGCACCAUCUCCGAGAGAGCCAAGACCUCCCAAAAGCCCAAUGAUCCCUCUUCACUUGUUCGAAAAAGCACAUUGCAGCAGAAAGAUCUGGACAUGAAUUUGAAUUCAGUGCCUCGCUCGGAGGAGGCUGUUCCACAGACGCACCUGAACAAUGGAGUUCUCUGCAAGGGUGUAAGCAACGAGCUCAAAAAGAACAAUAAUCAGAAGAAUUCAGCAGGGAACUCCAACUUUAAAGCUUUAUCCUCCACGACAAAGUCACAUGAAGAAGGCAACACGAAAAUGGAUAAAAGCACACAAGCUGACGAGACCCCUGAUUGGAUUAGGCCACUAGAAACGGGGACUAAAGGGACUCAGUCAGCAAAUGAAUUCAAAGUCAUGAGAAAGCAAGGCUCUUUUGAUAACACUCCACUGAAACAAAACUCUUUUGACAAAAGCUUCAAGAAGCAGCUCUCUUUUGAUAACUCCUUAAAAAAGCAGGCCCCCUUUGAGAACACAGCCGCCUCCCGGUCUUCAUCUCUGGAGAAGAGGAAGCCGUGGGGAAGCCCGGGUCGAACAGUAACCACUGCUGCCCCUAAAACGACCUCCUGCUCACCCAAAACACAACCACCUGCUUCUCCAGCCAAAGCCCAGGGCACCAGAUCCUUGAGUUUUGAACGCAGCGACUCGUCUCUAAGAAGUCAAAAGCCUUCAAAUAAAACCAACAUAAACAGCGGAAUUCCCAAACCAAUCAUAUCACAGCAGAAAGAGACUGAACCAAGAAAAUCUUCUCCGCCCCAAAAUCCCAAAAACGUUAGACCAAAAAUCAUUACGUACGUGCGAAAAAACACACAAAAGCCAGAAGAUACCCAACACGAAACCUCUACAACACCACCACGGUUGUCUUCUUACGCCAGCCUGCCAGUUCACAGAGAUCCCAAAUGUGUUCCUCAAUCGAAAUCCACACCGGUGCUCAGCUGCUCCAACCUGCUGUUGGACAAAUACCGUCAGGAGAUGCAGAAGGCAGGGUGCUAUCCAGGAACCGCGGUGAUCGGGACCAAACCUCCGAGCAGCGCCACCCAAAGACUGAACGGGAAGUCCGAGAGCUUCCACGAGGAAAUGUCAAAGAAAUACCAGCAAGAGCACCAUUCUCAAGAAACUGGAGGUGUCUAUCGUUCACCCAGAGCCCUUCGGCCUCAGCUGGGGUUGGGGGCCGUCAGCAGGCAGCCUGCAGCCAAGCCGAGGGUUCAGCAAACUGGUCACAAGUCAGCAGCUCCAGGCCAGUCUACUCAGGCAUCCAGAGUGUCCACUACCAGCCACCAGGAUCAAGCAGGUCUCAGUGAGCAGAAGUGGUCCGGUCCAGAAACCACCCCCAAAAGCCUCCUGCUGAAAUCAGGCCAGUCCGGUCUCCGUCCACCAGGCUUCUCCAGCCUUCCAGCUGCUCGUCUGGCGGCCCUGGGCGUCAUCCGCAGCUCCAGCGUCUCGUCUGUUUCCAGCAACCAGUCCAGCGACAGCAGCAACAGCGAUCCUUGCCGACCCUCUCACUCUUUAAGAACAGAGCUGCCGAAGGAAAUAAACGCUGCACCCUCACCAAAAUCCUCUCCUAAAAGAUGCGCCGUGGUUUCGCCCAAGAUCCAGUCACCUGCUCGUGGGAGGACAGCAGCAGUUCUUGGUGCUGCUCGGAGCGGGGGGCCGCAGGACCAGCAGGACCGCGCUCGGAUCCAGCAGCUGCAGGAGCGAUGUCAGAAGCAGGCCCUGCAGCUGCAGAGCCUUCAGGCCCAGUUAAAGAAGACCUGCCUGUGCCUGGAUGUUUUCAGCAUCACCACGCAGCACUUUUACCACAAGCUUGAGGAGAUGACUGAAAACCAUGACGCGUCCCUGAUGGAGAUGGAGACGGCCCACAAUGACACACUGGUCACUCUGCAGGAGGAGCACGCCAGGACUGUAAAAAAUCUGAAGAUGGCUCACGAACAGCAGAAGAAAUCUCUGGAAGAGGAGUUUGAGAAGAUCAGACUGUCACUUCAGGAUCAGGUGGACACGCUGACGUUUCAGAACUGCAGCCUCAGAGAUCGAGCGAAGAGGUUCGAAGAGGCGCUUCGUAAGAGCACAGACGAGCAGAUAGUGGAUGCUCUGGCUCCUUAUAAACACAUCGAAGAGGACCUGAAGAGCCUGAAAGAAGUUCUGGAGAUGAAGAAUCAACAAAUCCAUCAACAGGAGCUGAAGAUUUCAGAACUGGAGAAAAUAGCCGAAAAAAAUGUGUACCUGGAGGAGAAACUUCAGGUGUUACAGCAGCAGAACGAAGACCUGAAAGAGCGAAUCGACAAGAACCUGGUGGUCUCCAGGCAACUCACUGAAGAGAACGCCAACCUGCAGGUUCACGUGGAGAAGGAGAGCAAAGAGAAGAAGCGUCUGAGUCGCACCAACGAGGAGCUGCUGUGGCGUCUCCAGACAGGCGAGCUGAGCCCCAACAUGUCCCCCACGUCCUCCCCCAUCCACCGCGCCCCCUCCGGACCGGCCUCCCCCGCACGUCCACACUCCUACCAUCAAUGACCCCUCCUGCUUGACUUUUGUCAGGGCGCAAAUUUUGUGACAAAACAAUCUUUUUAGCUAAAGGGGUCAACUAAUAAAGACACUAGAAGUUAAUAGGAAAUUUAUAUUUCCUGUGCGACGCGUUUCCAAACCACAAACAUUUUAAUCUUUGACAUUAUGAAUUGUAUUGAUCAUCUCUGAUUGUUCGAAAAGGAGAAAAAAAAAAAACCUUCGGCCUUUUUUUUAAUCUCUACAAACGCCCCACCAGAAGAGAUGCACUGCGGCCACGGUGAGCUCGUUCUUCACCUGCUGGUUGUAGUCAGAGAGCAGACAGGAAGUCCCCGGUGCCUCGCGUCCGGGGUUUUGCCUCCAUCUUCCAGCUUUCAGCAAACAGGACGACGAACGAACAGAGCAAACACGAACGGUGCAACGACAAACACAAGCAGCCUUCAGCCGUUUCGUUUUCCCCACCAGCAAUGCCUCUUAUGUCGAAUCACAAACCUGCCCACAGUUCUUUGCUCUCAAGGUGCAAAUUUCAUGCAGUGAGGGUGAUAAUCUAAGACUCAAGCCAUCGAACUGACCAAUCCUGUUGUUAGCACGGUUAAUCAGCCAAUCAAAGGGCAGCAAGUCGAUGCGUUUAGGGGUUUAAAUGUGGUCCGAACUCAGUAUCAAAAUAGGAAAGAGGGGAUUUAGGCAUGGCACGGUUUCAGAAACUGCUGAUCUUAUGGAUUUUUUUCUCGUUUCAGCCCAUUUUUUUGUAAACCUGAGAGACGGGAGGGUGAAAAUCCUAAAAGAUCAGCAGUUUCUGAAAUGUUCAGACACCAACAACCACUUUGUAUUUUAAACCCUAAACACAUUCAGUUUUUUAUGGGUGGCUGAUUAGCUAACAGUGUUAAUCAAUUGAACAGGUGAAUGAAAUAAAGUGGCCAAUAAUAAUAAUAAUAAUUCUGAAUAGUCCUCGAGAAUAGUGAUGAUCUAAAAUGUGUCAUCGGAUCAAUAAGUUACGAUAAAUAAUGAUGACAUCGGCAAACAUUGUACGAUCUGUACAGGUUUCUGCUCUUUUUAAAGCAUGGUUUGUCUUCCAACCGCAACGAACUGUCAGUUUAGUUAACGUGUGACGACAGGGAGUGGAAGAGGAAAGAAGCAACAAGUUCAUUCUCAUGAUUCAUUAACAUGAAAAGUUUAUUUGAAGAAAAUUCCCGAACAGUUUGUGAAACUCAGAUUAAAACAAAACCACAAAAGACAAAGCUGCUCCAAUGCUUCCUGAGGUAUACAUGUAGAAGUUUAGCAGCAGAAUCAAUGAUUAAUGCUGUGUACAAGGAAAACUUUUUAUGUUUUCUCAAAUUUUUACACCCAUAGCUUGCGGAAAUCUUUGCUCUUUUUAUUAUCGCCACAAAUGUGCAUUUGUGUUUUCAGUUUAAGAAAAACAAAGUGACCACUAACUAGAUGCUUCUUAACACGUAAAUUAGUGUAAAUUAUUUAUUUAUUCUGAAUAACCUAAUUCUACAAAUAAACUCUUAAUUAUGAAUUCUAAACAUAACCUUCCUAAUCUGUCUUAGAAAGUAGAAACAGAACAGUUUUCUGCCUCAAAACACCCAAAAUAAUAAACUUUUUUAAACUCAGAACUUCAUUCUGAAUUUAUAACAACUUAUUUAUCAAUUAUUAAUUGAUUGAAUGAACUAGCAUGUUAAUUAGCAACUAUUUAGUGGUUAGUUACACUAAAAGUUUAUUAUUUUCACCACAGAAAAAAAAAUCAUCCUGAUUUCCACAGCUUAUGUUUGCUUUUUACAAUGUUUACUAAGUUCAUCAAAACUAGCAGAAAAAAAAAACAACAUGAUUUGAAUUUUACCUCAUUCCUCGUUGUUUAGAUUAAUCUCAGGAUUUGGGAGGAAUUAGGAGUCAUCAAAGGGAAGGAACUGCCAUAAGUUUUGUUUUGUUUAAUUUUAUACAUUCUGGUGUUUUCAUACAGUAGCUAAUCAUCUCAAAGGUUUUUAAAGAUUUUUAUGCAAUCAUAGAUGUUAGCAGGAGGUAGAACUAUUAAAAGAAUAGUAUAAAAUAUAUAAGUACACUGAAGCAACACCACAGUAUGAUAAUAAUAAUAAUAAUAAUAAUAUUGCAGUAUUUCUUUACUCAGACACAAGUAGAGAUCAGUUUGCUCUAACAGGAAUUUGUAGCUGCUUUAAAUAAUCAACUUAUAUUUCUGUGUAGUUUGGUUCUUGCAGAAGGUUGGAAACCCUCUUCCUCUCUUUCAGGUACUUUGAUUGCACUGAUUGUGUGUCUGUGUCCUGUGGACACCAUCUUGUACAAAUCCACUGAAUGACCGUCCAAAUAAGAGCUUUUGUUUACAGUUUUUGUCACGAGGCUGGUUCAGCCUGUCGAUUGUAAUCAAGUAUGCAAGAAAUUUCUGCUCAAGAUCAUUUGUUGUGAAUUAUUUUUGGUUCACAUUGUUUUGUAUUAUUCUUUAUUUAUUUGUUUGUUUGUUUAUUUGCACUCCUCCAGAGCUGAAAGUGUUGCAACAUUGUGGUCAACGAUGAGAGGUAAACGGCUCUAAUGUACGUGUUGCAUUUUGUAUUACGUAUUAAAUCAGAUUAAGAGUAUACAAUAAGUACACGAAA